UUUAAUUUCGUGUUUUUGGGCUCCAGGAUCCAGUCUGAAUCUCUCUCUCUCUUCUAGGAGGAGCCCCUGGACUCCUGGAAGCCUCCUCCUCUAUAAAGCCUCCAUCCCUCCACCGGUUCAGGAUCUGCAGCAGGAGCCGCAGCGGCAGCAGCGCAUCCGGACCAGCUGCUCUGUGACCCGCAUAACCUCCGAUCCUCGGCGGGGUUCUGGGAAAGUCUGUGGAAGACGUUCGGAACAAGUUCCAGCGCAAAGACGCAAAGUUUGGAGCGGAGAGCGCGCACAUGGCUGCUCUCAUCAGCGCGUACUCGUCGUGGCCCGAGUCCUUCGAGUGUCCCGGCGGGGACGGGGACGCGGCGGACGGUCACGGGCCGCACCGGACCGCCGUGGACAAGACGCCGGAGCCGCGCAUCAGGAGACCCAUGAACGCGUUCAUGGUUUGGGCCAAAGACGAACGGAAACGUUUAGCGGUGCAGAACCCGGACCUCCAUAAUGCAGAGCUGAGCAAGAUGCUGGGGAAGUCCUGGAAGGCGCUGACGCCCCCCCAGAAGCGUCCGUACGUGGAGGAGGCGGAGCGGCUGCGGGUGCAGCACAUGCAGGAUUACCCCAACUACAAGUACCGCCCCCGCAGGAAGAAGCAGCUGAAGCGGAUCUGUAAGCGGGUCGACCCGGGCUUCCUGCUGGGGGGUCUGGGUCCGGACCCCGGCCCCCUCCUCCACCCGCUGGACAAGGACGAGGGCGGCAACGCGCCGCUGCCGGGGGUCCGCAGCUUCAGAGACCCCCCCUCCAGCGGCGGCUUCGACACCUACCCCUACGGCCUGCCCACCCCCCCGGAGAUGUCCCCGCUGGACGCCGUGGACCACGACCACCACGGACCCCCCUCCUACUACGACGACGGUGGCCACCUGGGCAGCCCGCCCCCCUACCAUGCCGACUUCCCCCAGACUCAGGGCCACUGCGGGUCCCACCUCCACCUGCCCCCCCAGGUGUCCUACUACGGCUCCGGCUUCCCUCAGGUCCACGGGGGGCUGCAGCCGGGCCAGCUGGGCCAGCUGUCCCCCCCGCCGGAGGCCCAGGCCCACCUGGAGACUCUGGACCAGCUGAGCCAGGCCGAGCUACUGGGGGAGGUGGACCGGGAUGAGUUCGACCAGUACCUGAACUCCACCGGGGGCUUCCACCCGGAGCAGGGCGCCGUGGUGACGGGACACAUCCAGGUGGCGUCCUCGGGUCCCUCAGAGACCAGCCUGAUCUCGGUGCUGGCCGACGCCACGGCGGCGUACUACAACAACUACGGCAUCUCGUAGGAAGGAAGGACUGAAGGACUUGGAGCGGAACCACGGACUCAGGGAGCCGCUGGAGGUCCAGAGACGCUCUGAAGAUAAUUUAACUCUGUGUUCUGUCAUGAAUGUUGUCUUCGUCCUGCUCAUGUGGGAGUCUUACCUCAGUAGCUGUAACUCCAUGAGGUUUUAGUUUUCUUAUGCAAUCUAACAGAACCUUCUCUCUACUUAAUAAUAUAUAAUCAAGCUGAGAAUAAUAAUGGUAACUAUAACUGUAUGCUGAUCUAGGUUUGUGAAGGACAAUAAUUUAAAAUAAAGAACAUUUUUAUAUUAAUGCUGUUUGGAAAAAGCA